GGUGGGAGGCAAGUUGUUAUGAAUCUAAAUAACAAUAAUAACCCAUAUAAUUAAUAAUGAUAUUCAUAAUAAUAAAGUUUAUAGCCUAUAGGGAUGAGGAAGGUAAGCCAUACAUUUUACCUGUCGUGCGCGACAUUGAACUUCAAGUUGUUCAAGAUGAGAAAAGAAAGCAUGAAUAUCUACCUAUUUCUGGUCUUGCAGAUUUUAACUUGGCUAUGGCAGAGUUACUCCUCGGAGAAGGAAAUUUUAAUUCCUUUAAAGAAAGAAUUGCUGUAGUGCAGUGCAUUGCAGGCACGGGUUCCCUUCGAGUUGCCUUUGAGUUUUUAAAUAAGUUUCACACUAGCAAAGUUGUGGCCAUUUCUGAACCAACUUGGGAAAACCAUAAAAGCAUCAUUCGCGAAUCUCAUUUUAUUUGGAAGCCUUAUCGUUAUUACGAAAGCAGCACGAAAGCUUUGGAUGUUAAGGGAAUGCUUGAAGAUCUAGAGGCGUUUCCUGAAGGCACAAUUGUGUUACUGCACGCCUGCGCCCAUAAUCCAACCGGAGUUGAUCCCACUUUUUCAGACUGGGAGAAAAUUUUAAAACUUAUUAAAGUUAAGCACCAUUUCCCUGUUUUUGACGUUGCUUACCAGGGAGGCUUAGCUACGGGCGAUCCAAAAACUGACGCGGGCGCAGUCUGCCUUGCUGUGCAGUUGGAAAUUGAAUUUUUUGCUUGUCAAUCUUGUUCCAAAAUAUUUGGCCUUUAUGACGAGCGUACGGGCGCUCUCACGUGUUUUCUAGCGUCUGCAAGGGCUAAGCAAGCAGUCGAGAGCCAAUUAAAAAUAAUUCUACGAACAAUGAUUUCCAAUCCACCGCAUCACGGAGCGCGCGUGGUUGCUACUAUUUUAAAAUCUACAAAAUUGCGUCAGGAGUGGCUUCAGACUAUAAAAGCAAUGACCGAACGCAUUUUAAAAAUGCGUCAGGAGCUCUACACUCGCCUGAAGCGCUUGAGCACUCCUGGGGAUUGGUCGCAUAUUGUAAAUCAGAAGGGCAUGUUCACUUUUACUGGGCUCACCGAAAGCCAGUGCGCUCUGCUUACUGAGAAGCAUCACGUUUACCUCGUCAGUAAUGGAAGGAUCAACAUUUGCGGAUUAACUAAUGAAAACGUUGAUUACGUGGCAAACGCUAUUUACCAAGUUGUAACUAGUGACUGCUGA